AUGAUGGUGAGUGCCUGCAUCGUCUUUGACGUGGCCAUCUAUCCAUUGAUGAUUUAUUUUCUCUUCAUCGAUGUCCCGGACUUUCUGAAUUCUCCCUCUGGACAAGAGGAAGAGAAUAUGGUUCUCUUGAUCAAAUUAGCGGCCAUGUGUGGCUUUACCUUCGUGGUUUGCAUGUAUCAAGUGAUCCUCUUUGACUUAUUCGGGCAACACUGUUCUAGAAUGCGAGAAGCCUUUUCACCAUCGAAGACCGUCCCCUCUGCCCCGGCGGAGACGGACAGAAGCGAUGAAUGGAAUCAUAGGCACGAAGAGCCUGGCCACGGCAUACAAUCGCCUGGGCAUCCUGACCUCCAUGAAGAGGCCACAGCAAUGAUGCUCCCGGGGGCAACGUCUCCAUCAAGAAUGCCAGUGAUCGAAGAAGAUCCCUACACAGCGGGUGCUACAACAGUGCAAGUGAACUUCCAAAGAGGGGGAGCUCGGGCUCAGAGCUUGAACAACAUCGAUGAGCGCGGAAAAGGACAGGCCUUUGUCCAGAGAUUCCACUCCGAAGAUCAUGCUCCGGGUUCAAGAUCCUCAUCUUCGAUGGUAGAGCCCGUGGCAACUUUGGAUGGGCGGUGUCAUGUCUGUUCUAAUUCCGCAGACAUGGCCAGCUUGACGACUCUCUCUUGUGGACAUCUAGUUUGCAUGAACUGCCGCCCAUCCAAAAAGGGCGGAGCUUGCCCGAGCUGUAGAUCCACGGCUGGCAAACACCAUGAGAAGUCGGUGUCCUUUGAUCGAGAGACGGUCUUCACCUACAUAAAGCAAACUCCCGUGCAGACCCCCAGGUGA